AUGGGUACUAGUACUAGAACUAUUAGUAGGUUUUUCCUUCCAAGGUUCUUUAGAGCACUUCUUGUGGUGGGGCUUGUUUGUCUUCUUGUUUUGGGAAGCUUAGGUGGUGGUGAAGGAGCUAGACAACAAACUAAACAAUGGUCCGAAGAAAGGGUCAAGCAUGGGAGAGUGGUUGGUAGAGAUAUGCCUGUCAACCGUGCAGAAUUGGACUUCAACUACAUGAGCAAAAGAAGAGUUCCCAAUGGACCAGAUCCUAUUCACAACAGAAGAGCUGGAAAUUCUGGUCGACCUCCUGGCCAAGCCUAG